UCAGUGAUGCCAAAGAGUCCAUGGAUUACCUAAAAAAUUUGCAGGAUUCGAUUCAAAGAAAGUACAGCUGUGAUCGAACAAGUAGCCUACACAGACUGGAGGAUCUCAUUCAGGAGUCCAUGGACGAGAAAGAGCAGCUCCUUCAGUACCGCAGCACUGUGGCUGGGCUGGUGGGCAGGGCUAAAAAUAUUGUGCAGCUCAAGCCCAGAAACCCUGAAAAUCCGCUAAGAUCCUCCAUUCCUGUUAAAGCGAUCUGCGAUUAUCGCCAGAUAGAGAUUACCAUUUAUAAAGAGGACGAGUGCGUACUGGCCAGUAACUCUCACCGGGCUAAGUGGAAAGUCAUCAACCCAGCAGGUAAUGAGGCGAUGGUUCCCUCUGUUUGCUUCACUGUCCCUCCACCCAACAAAGAGGCCGUUGAUAUGGCUUCAAGAACUGAGCAGUUAUAUCAGAACGUCCUGGCACUGUGGCACCACUCCCACGUCAACAUGAAGAGUGUGGUGUCUUGGCAUUAUCUAAUGGCUGACAUUCAAGCCAUCCGCAACUGGAAUGUGGCUUCAAUAAAGACCAUGUUGCCAGGUGAGCAUCAGCAGGUCUUGAGCAACCUGCAGUCCCACUUUGAUGAGUUCCUGGAAGACAGCGAGGAGUCAGAGGUAUUCACUGUGGCGGACUGCGCGCAACUCGAGAGAGACGUGGCAGCGUGUAAGGAGUACUAUCAGGAACUGCUCAGAUCCGCAGAGAGAGGCAAGGCUCAAAUCUCCCUUCCCCUUCUGCGUAACAACGAGCAGCUUGUGUACAUU